AUGGAUGGCGACCAACGCAUGAAGCAGCAAGAGCGGUUGAUGGCACGAUCUGGCAAUGGCAGCCGUGCAACCGAUCAGUUGGAGGCGCCACGUGGAGACCCAACGGGGAUAUCGCAGGCCGAGCGAGCAAUGUCCUACGACUACGGAAAUACAGGCUUCCAAGACGUCUCGAACGUGUACGGGUUUCGACAGGCCCAAGGCCAGGGCCAGAACCUGAGCCAGAGCCAAAGCCGGCGACGAGAGCAGUUCGUGCCGUACGAGUCGGCCAUGCUGUACGGCUUCGGUCAGCAGGGUCCAGCACCAGGACCCUUCGAGGCUGUUCCACAGUACCAGACACGGCAGUCUGCAGCGAUUGAAGCCCUGUCGAACACUUUUGCCGUUCCACAGUAUUUCGCCCCCGAAGAUGCGCCUGCCGGGGUCCAUGGCCUCUCGCCUUAUCUGAAUGCAGGUGUGCCAUAUAAUCAACCUGGUCCCAUGCCACGUUCAUCCACUUCACAGCCUUUUCCCGCUAUGUCUGAUUUUUCACCAAUCGGUCAGGGUCGGUUGGAUCCACCUUUGGGCCAGGAUGGCCCGAGACAGGACCUUACUGAGCAGUCGGUCGAUGAGGCUUUCUCGCAGUACCAACAGGCUCUGCGCGGCACUUUUGACCAUACCCGCGCUGGGCGAUUGGUUGAUGCCAGCCGAUCGCUGUUGGAAAUUUCCGAGUGGCUUGUGACUAAUGCCCGGGAUCUUGGAAUCCUGCGCGACGACCAUCUCCAGUAUGAGCACCGCCUACAGCUCUGGAAUCAUUUCAAUCUAUCUUGGCUGGCGGUAUGUCAAAAACAGAAAGACAUGACGCAAGAUCUGGUUUCGACGGGUCAUCAGCCUGCACAAACAAGUUUAUUGAGUCGAGAGCGCAUGGAGGAAAUGGGCAAAGACCUAAUCCAGCUCUGUGACCAACUAGAACAACACGGCUUAGUCGAUUAUCAGAUGGGCAUCUGGGAAGAAGAGAUCCUAUGUGUCUUGGGCCAAUGCCUUGAUCUAAUGGAGAGCAGACCGGAUCUUCUCCGUGCCCAGACGGUGCCUGAACCAGCCACAGCAGCCCAAAGACCAUGA